UCAAUGCUGAAUGGCAAAAUAAAAACGUUGGGCAUUUAGUAUUUGACUGAAGUACUAUGAGAAUAGUUGUUUUAUAAAAAAAUGUUAAUUAAACGGUACAAAUUUAUUUUGCUGUUUCUGAUGUGGUCAUGUAUUUCAACAAUUAAAGCGGUAAUAAGACCAGCGCCUUCAUUAAGUAUUUUAAGUGGGGAAGGAUUUAUAACAUAUCUAGAAGUACCGAAAAGUUUUGGUGAAAUUAAAAAUUGUUGGUUUAAAUUUCGAGAUUUCGAUAAAGUGAGAAUUGAAUUAAAUGCAUCUGAACCAAUUAAAACUGAACGAAACGAAUAUAUUCUUCCAUAUGCAAAACAUUUAUGUGGCAUAAAAGUUUCAGAUGUUUCAGCUUCUUCGGCAGCGAUUUGGACACUUGAAACAGAAAGCAUACAUGGUGAUAUUGAACAAGAUUCUGUUACAAUAAAAAUAUUACCACCUCAGAAAACUAAUUUUUAUACUCGAGUGGAAUUAGAAAUCGGUAAAUCUACUGUGAAAUGUUCUAAACAUGAAUCGUACACAAGACAUUGUAAAAUACUUGAUAUUAAUAAUGGAGGCACAUAUCAUCAAUGUGAACUGUAUACGUCUAUUCAUCCCAACAGUAUGUUCGAGUGCUUCAUGUACAAUUGGGGUCGCAUGGAAGAAAGUCGCGAGCGUAUUUUUGUAGAUAUUAAAAACAGUACCUUCUACACAAAUGCAACUCAAGAAAAUCAAAAUAAUGCAGAAAUUUUGAGCUGCGAAUUUCAAGAUAAAGUAUUUUCGUGUCAAGCUGAAAAACCAAAUCAUAAAAAUGAAUUAUUGAUAAUGGAUGGUGUAUAUAAUAGUUACUAUUCUGCAUACAAUACAAUCACUGCUAAAUCAAAAUGCAAUUUAGAGAUUCCAAAGCCCUUUAAGGAAGGUGAUAUAGGGUUAUGGCGUAUAAUUAAUUAUGAAUCCAGUACGCCGACCGGUUGUCUUUUUUAUGUUGGAAAAAAUAAACAAGAUAUUAUAUUAUCGGAACUUUCAAAACUGAAUGACAUUAAAACAAUUCAUGUCUAUGAACCAGAAACAGGUGAAGGCAAAAUCGACGAAUUAUCUUGUUCUUUACCAUUUGUCGUUUACGAUUGCUACUUAAAGAGCCCAAAUAAUACCAUAUAUUUUCCCGAUGGCAUACGCUUUGAUCGACAACGUUUUUUCGGAAAGUGUGGAUUUUACAAUUUGCCAGUUAUAGCCGGAAUAUGGACAUGUGGUUCUCGUGGACGAGAUUAUGAUAAAGAAGUUAUUCAAAAUAUUGAGGUUGUUGUGAAAUCUAAAUUUGGAGAAACCUUAACUCAAGAAUUAAAAGCUAAGCGAGGCGAUACAGUGGAGCUGAUGUGUAAAAGUCCUUUUGAAGAACCAAUUUCACAUUGUGCUUUUAUCGAUCCACAAGGUGGAGUCCAUUUAGUAGGUACAACUAACAGCAUUAAGUCGAAGGGACAUAUUCAAUAUUACGGUCGUGGAAUAAGUCUAGGUGAAUGUGGCAUAAAGAUUACCGAUAUCAAUCGCGAUGACUACGGUCAAUGGAAAUGUGAAUUUAUUAUAUACUCUGGAAGGUUGCAGUCAUCAUUUGUAAUGGAACUAAAGGAAUCUGAAUCUGCUUAUGCAACAUCUGUUGGUCUUGGCGUAGGACUAACGGUUAUUAUAGUCUUAAUAUUGGGUGUUAUAAUUGGAACGAUAUUCUAUCGAAGAAGAAAUUUAAGUGCUCGUCAUAAUUUUGCCUCCGCUGAUCCAUUAGAAUUACAAGCAAGAUCCGUAACACCAUCAUGAAAAUUACUUAAUAACUGACAUUGUAAAUACUCAUACUGAAAUAUGUAUACUAGAAUGAUAACUGAUUGUAUGCAAAAAUUACAACAAACUUUUUAUUUAGAUUUGUGGAAUAAAAAAUUUAAAGUUUA